UCCUUCCCGUCUCUCUCCCUACGCUGCUAGCAGAGUUAGCAUUAGCACGUUAGCCUCCAGCAGCUGUCGGUGGCAGUCAGUCCGAGUGGUGGUGCAUUUGUAAUCAUCAUCAUCCUCUUCCUCCUCCUCCUUCUCUCCCGUAGAUAGACCGUGGACGGCCAGGUUGUUUCUUCGGGAGCCAGCUCCUUUACCUCCUCGGGCUACCUGCGGUAAAAAAUUGUUGUCCUCGUCGUCACGACAGAAAGAAGCUCUGGGACAUGGCCAGACCAGAACAAGUACUGGUGCUAGAGCCACAACACGAACUGAAAUUCAGAGGCCCAUUUACAGAUGUCGUCACUGCCACUCUGAAGCUCACCAACCCCACAGAUAGAAAUGUGUGUUUCAAAGUCAAGACGACCGCGCCUCGCAGAUACUGUGUGCGCCCAAACAGUGGCGUUAUUGACGCUGGAAACUCUGUCAAUGUUUCUGUUAUGCUACAACCGUUUGACUAUGACCCUAAUGAAAAGAGUAAACACAAAUUCAUGGUGCAGUCCAUGCUGGCUCCAUACGACAUGACUGACAUGGAAGGAGUUUGGAAGGAGGCAAAGCCUGAUGAGCUGAUGGAUUCAAAGUUGAGAUGUGCAUUUGAGAUGCCUAUAGAAAAUGACAAAACUCAUGAGAGUGAAACCAACAAAACUGUGUGUUCCUCUGCCUCCUCUGUUAAGACUGAGCUCUCCACACUGCCCAAGUCAGCCAGUGCCUCGCUGGAUGACGGCGAGGUGAAGAAGAUCAUGGAGGAGUGCAAGCGGCUGCAGAUGGAGGUGCAGAGGCUACGGGAAGAAAACAAACAGAUCAGGGAGGACGACGGGCUGCGGAAGAGAAAGGUGACCUCAAUGGGCGCGCCUUACUCUUCUUCCUCCUCCGCCGCCAUGGCCACCUCAGGCAUGAGGGACGAAGGCCUAAGCACCCGCAUCCUGGCGCUCUGUGUGCUCUUCUUUGUCAUUGGAGUCAUCAUUGGCAAGCUGGCCCUGUAGAGACACAGUCAGACAGUGACAGACGGGCGGAUGGCGUGCUCGGGAGGACAUGUGUCAAUGACGGCAACGGGGAUGUCUUCUGGGUUUAUGUUGAUUUUUUCUUUCUUUUUUUUAAAGGCAAUAUCAUAAUGGUUUGUCAGGAUGGAAAAUGAUUUAACGUAAAAAGAGAACGAAGGAAGGCAAUCCCAAGUGAAACCAUGUGCGAGUGUUUUUGUCACAGGUCUUUCCUUUUUCUUUUUUUUGUGAAAUAAUCACCACCUCUGAUCUGUUCUUCUCUGUCCAUCCCUCCUUCCUAAAUGAUCUUCCGCAACUUGCACAGGUUACAGUUAGUUGUGUGUGGGAGUGGCUUCAUGCUGGCUGAAUGUCAAGUCUUUCAUUGAUUUUUCUUUGAUUCUUAAGUCUUCAAGUUCCUCACUCACAUUGUCUAUAAGAAAGAUCUAACACUCCUCUUCUGAUAAUCUCUCUUCCACUUAUUAGUGAUAAUCUGCAAAGAGAGGUGAACAGUGAUCAGUGAAAGACUUUUUCUAGAUUCAAACUAAAUGUAUUGUCUUCUGAACAGUAUGUGAUAAAAAUGUGAGCCAGUUAGAAGCCGUGUGUGUGUGUGCGUGUGUGUGUCUUCUUGAUUUUGCUGAUGUGACUGCGUGUGGAUGUUUUGUGAGUAGACCACAAUCGAUGAAAUAACAGGCUGUUUUAGAAUGGAGGAAGAAGGGUGGUUUGAAAACAAAACUGUCACCUAAACAGAUUUCCUGUACACAACAGAAAAAUGGGGGGUCUUUGUAGGAAAUCAGUUUAAAACUUGAUCAUGUUUGUCGCUUACCAGCCCAAGGAAUCAAUAGAAAUCUGAUAAAUCAAUUUUUUUGGCCAUUUAUAAAAUGAUAAUGUGGUAAACCUCAAGAUAUCAAGAAUUUAUGCUGCAUGAUGUUGUUUACAAAAACAAAAACAAAGCUGUAACUUACUAAAAUACAUCAGAUUUUACUAGUUCACAUUUUUACUUGUCUUGAUACUUCAUCAGGUUGAGAGAGACACUCCCAAAUAUUUCCAACACAUAACAUACAGUAUGUAACAAUAGCUUUGGCCACCUUGUUUAAUUUUGCCCAUGAAGUAUUGUAUUUGCGUCCUACUGUAUUACAGCUGUUUGCCUUUUUUUCUCAUCAUGUAGCCAUGAUGCUUCUGUUGUUUAUAAUAUUCAAAUGCACUAUAUUCAAGUGUUCACUCUGCAGUCUGCAUGAAAUGACCCCAAUACAUGAUUAUUAUUCUUUUUUUGAGUUUUGAAGCUAUAUUGGCAAAACAAGAAAAUACCAUCUUCUUAAAAGGCACCAUCUUGAGGUGUGUGUGUGUGGCGCGUGUGCGCGCUCUUUCUUUCGAUUAUCUUUUUCCUUUCUUGUUGGGCUCUGGUGGUCUUGCGGUAACUGAGAUAACACAGCUGUAUUAUCUCGGCUGUCUCAUGACCACCCUACCAGGUUGUUCAAGAAAAAAAAAAGAAUAAGUAUCUGUUUUUCAUUGCCUGAGGGAUCUCUGGGAGCAGAGAAGUGGGAAUGUGGAUGGCUGGCAGGAGGACUGACCUGUGAAUACACACUACAUACAAGAAGACAAAGUAAAAAAGGCUUCAGACCACACAUGCAAA